AUGCGAACCGUUGCAUGGCUGGAAAUCGAGUCGAGCACUCAAAAAGUGUGUGGUAUCAUUUCGAUCAUCACAAAUUCCUUUUUGAUAUUCCUGAUCCUUACCAAAUCACCACCGAAACUAGGUGCCUACAAAUGGUUGAUGUUGUAUACAUCGUUUUUCGAGCUGUUUUAUGCAUGCUUGAACUUCUUUGUGGGACCUUCAAUAGACACUUAUAACUCGGUGCUAAUCGCAUUUCAAGACUUGGAUAAAGUUCGAGACUUCAAACAAAAAUACCUCUCUGGCGGCAAGCUACUCUUUCUCUACAUCUUCCCACCCGCACUCGGCGUCUUCUGGGGAAUCAUCGUCUGGCUAACCAUGUCUGAAACUCAAAUAAAAACCGACUAUAUCCGACAACACAUUCUCAAAAAGUUUGAGGUCAACAUUGAUGAGUGUGCCUACGUUUCAGUAUUCUUCUGGCCAAAAGACACGUCAGGGAAUAUCUAUCCAGAUGUCACCUCGUUUAUAGGGCUGGUUUUUGAAUUCACUAUUUUGGGCAUCUCAUUCUUCUGUGUCACCUACUUCGCCUUCAAUUGCUAUCGCUGGAUUUCUCGAAAAUUGGGAAACAUGGAAAAUGUAUCUCAAGCAGCAAAAACUCUACAAAUCCAACUGUUCUACGCACUCAUAGUCCAGGCAGCAAUCCCAUGUGUCUUGAUGUAUCUCCCCGCUGCUACAGUAUUCACAUGUCCAAUGCUAAAUAUCAAUUUGGAUCUGAAAUAUCCAGUUCUUGGGGUCACAAUCGCUAUCUACCCUGCUAUCGACCCAUUUCCAACUAUUCUAAUUAUUAAAAACUAUCGAAGAGGAUGUAUUGAAUUAUUGACUUGUCGGUGGAAGAAGAAUCAGAUAUCAAUGGAUUACUCUCAUAAUGGAGUAUGCGUGUCGCUGAAGCCAAAUGCACCGAAUGUCAAUAAUUUACUGACGAUUGCUGCACUUUGA